AUGGCUUACAUCAAACAGAGAAGAAAGCCAAUCAUUAUUCAAUCGACGAUUCUCUGUGUUUUCCUUUUACAAUGUAUUAUUACGAGGAGUGCCAGCGGGCCUGAGGUUUUCUCCAUUGACCCUCACUUUGGGAGUGCUUGCGGGGAAACAAGAAUUACAAUCCUUGGUAAAAGUUUUUCUCAGAACAAGAUGAACGAAGGUAAUAAGGUGGAGCUCGUCUCGGCUACUACUUCAUAUGAAUGUUUGGUCAACAAAGACGGAACCAUGGAAGAUUCCAUCAUGUGUUACACUGUGCCUGAUAUGGUGGAAGGUGUUUAUACUGUUAAAGUAACUGUGGACAAUGUACCUGUGCCUGAUGAAAAAUUGUGUAAGACUGGAGGCUCAGUAGAUAGUGACUGCCAGUUUGAGGUCAGAAAACAAAACACUCCUCUGAUAAACAGUGUCAAACCUGUUGCUUUUCCCCCUGGACCAGAGUCCAUAUUGGAGAUGAGGGCUUUGAUGUUUACAGACAGAUAUACGACUAAUGUGGCCACAAGUUCAAAUGGCAGAGAAGAAACUCUCAACCGGGUUUAUGCAGGGCCUCUUCCAUGUGAUUUGAUAAAAACUGGUGAAACUGAUGAAUUGUAUGGGCUUCAGCUAGAUUCUGCUGUAUCUGAUUUUGGAACCAUGAAGUGUAGGUACCAGGGAAAUUUUAUUGGUAAUUCCAAUGCAAGUUUUAUAGUUGGUGGUGGACCAUUUGGGAGAUCUUGUCGUAAUUUGGAGACACUGCUGGUAAGUGUAAACAAACAGAUUUACCAGUUCCAGACCUAUGCUGAAAUCACAGGGGUGUCCCCGGCCACUGGGAGCACUUCAGGGGGAACAACUCUCAAAAUCAUGGGGAAUUAUUUCACAGGAAACAAAGAAGACACAGAGGUCUAUGUUGGAGGUGUUUCGUGUAAGGUCACAUCAGUCAGUGAUGCAGAGAUACAAUGUGUUACCCCUCCUAAACCUGCCACUUUACCCACAUAUUUCUGCGGUAAUCGUGGAUUGACAUUAGAGGUUUGGACUGGUCAGACUAAGGCCUACGCUGACCUAGGAGACAUUGAAGCCUUGACCAGCUCUGAUACUGGCUACAGUCUUCUCCAGACAGGACAGUCUUACUUUAGUCAUUCAACCAGUAAUUAUGUAUCUCGAGCACGAGGUUUCUUCACAGCCCCUUACUCUGGAGAGUAUUCGUUCACGAUUAAAUCAGCAGAUGUAUCAAGUCUCCGACUCAGCACAGACAUGGAUCCAGCUAACAAGGUAGAAGUUGCUAAGUGUGAGGGCACCUGUCCUGAGUAUUCAUCAACACAAAGUCAGACCUCAAAUAGAGUGAUGCUAACUGAACAGCAAAAAUAUUACAUGGAGAUUUUACAUUCACAUGGAUCUAGUGGGGAUCCCUCUGUUCAGGUAGCAGCUCAAUUCUAUAACACAAAGUUGACCAACCAGAGCACAGGAAUAGCUGAUGUGGAACAUCAGUUAGUGAAGGUGACAUCUACAGUUGUUCGAGAGGUGCAGAAAAUAUCGUUGGAGGUGGCUCCUGCUGUUGGUGCUAUAACAAAUGAAAUACAAGUAGUGGAAGUCAAGGAACUAAGUGGCCAGUAUUCAGAUGCCACCUUCAGACUGGGACAGUAUGGGGUUUACACAGAGGCUCUAAACACCAAUAUGGAUGGCCAAAAAAUAGCUGUGGCUGUACAGAGCCUUCCCUGGUAUGGGAAUGGUGAUGACUUAGUAGGCGUUACAAAAACAGUCACAACAUCUCCUGAAUUCAAGGUUACACUAAGGAUCCAGUUUUUCACCAGGAGAGGAGAUAUUCCGUCACUUCAGUAUCUGGUGUCAGAUGGCUCUCAGGGAGAAAAACUAGAAAUCCAAGUAACAGAAGAAACAAAAGGGGGUCCAGAACCUUACACUGUGGCCCUCCAAAUGGAAGGAAUAAUCUCACCUGUGGUUCCUGCGGGUAGUACUGUAAAUGAUUUAAUAAGGGAAAUAGAUCAGAUGUUCACCACCCGGUGUCCUAAAUAUCUAGGAGAGACGGGUACAGUACAUAUCAGCUUUGAGACUAACACACCACAGGGCGGUCAGAUAAUAGAUGAUAAGGAGGCUUUUUGUGGGAGAAGAUCUGUAAAGAACCCCUCCUAUCUGUACUUAAACAAUGACGGAUUGUUACUGGGCUCAGCUGUUAAUACAAUAUGUUUUGCAUACCAUGGAGCCAUUGCAGGUGCUUUAAUUGUUAAGUAUUCCUACAAGGCUGGGGAAGAUAUGACUAGCGUAGAUAACCAGUACAAGACAUUCUCUAUCAACAUUGCAGAGGAAUCCGAAGAGUGGAAAUACACAUGUUUUGACAUGCUGACAGCACUCACUAACCUUGUUACUGAUGGACAACUAUUCAAAGUACAUUAUAUCAGGGCUUCAAGAGCGGGAGAUGUAUACAUAGAUGAAGUAUAUAUUGGUAAUGGACCAAGUACAAACGAUCCAGAGAAUGUCAGCUUACUGCGACUUAAACCAGUGAAACCUAACGGCCAUGUGAUACACCACACUGAGGGAGUGGUAACUUCUAAUGGACCGACAGUGUUCACUGUAGAAAUCACAUUUAUUCCUCAGGAAUGUGGAUAUGACUUCCCCCUGUUUAGUAUUGUCUCAGGACAGAUCAAUGCCUUGACCGGAACAGUAGAGCGUGUGAAAGCAGCAUCACCCCCAGUAACAGGGACCUUUACUCUGAACUUUGGAGGAACUGAAUCGGCUGCCAUCUCUCCUACUGUGACUAGUGAGGAAUUUAAGGAGAUUCUGAUGUCAACUGUGCCAGCAAUGGGGGAAGUGUACACCUAUAAACAUGGAGACUGUGCAAACUUUGACCUCAGUGUAGCAUUUCUGUCCAAACCAGGUGAUCUUGAGGCAAUCCAGUAUACGAGUCAGUUGUCAGGGGAGAAUGUCACUAUAGAGAUAGAAACAGUGGUUAAUGGAAAGCUGAACUUGGAUCCAAUUCAGGGAGACAUGUUGUGUAGUUACAGCACAUCACCUCAGGUGGCAGUCUUCAAUAAUGAAAUUCCUACACAGUGUGCUGGAAACUUAGCCACUAGCUGCUCUUUUGUCUGGGAGGCUGCUAGUACCCCGGUUAUAAACUCCUGCACUGGUGGCUCUGGCACCUUUACUAUUUCUGGAAGUGGAUUUUCAACAAAUCAAGUUGACAACAUGGUGACAAUAGCUGGUGUUGAGUGUACAGUCACAUCCUCUUCUGAAACAGAAAUUACCUGUACCCCAGGACAAACACCCUCAGGCACCCAUACAGUGGACGUCAUUGUAACAGGCAAAGGGAAAGCUGCCAUUACAUCAGGAGCUACAUGUAACUUUGUGUCACCGAUGACAGUCUCCUCUGUGACACCUGAUUCCUGUAGUAUUGGAGGAGGAUGCGAGGUCAGUAUUCAGGGGACGGGGUUUUCUUCUGAGGCCAAUGUCUCUGUGGGAGGAGGGCUCUGUGAAGUCCUGUCGGCCACGUACAAUCAGAUAACGUGUGUUGUUCCAAGUUCAACUACAGCUGGUCAGCAGACACUAACUGUGUCCUUAGAUGGGCAGUCAGCCACCGGCUUCUUCACCUACAGUGCAGGUCCUAUUGUUGAUGAUGGCAGCAUUGCCCUAACACAAGAGACUGUGAACGGAGGUCUUGUUCAUAAGUUAACAUUAACUGGAAGUGGUUGGGGAGAUCCAGAUAAUGUAAAGCUCUUCGUAGAUGGAAAAGAAAUUACCCCCUUAACACUAACAGCAACCACCCUGGAGGCUACUUUUCCUUUACUCUCCCCGGGUACUUAUCAACUCUGGCUCCUCACUGAUACAGGAUAUGCCGUUGAUAGUACUGGCAGUAUACCCAGUAUCUCGGUACAGGUCCGCGAGAUCACCAAUGUGUUCCCAGCCACAGGAUCACUACGAGGCGGUACCACAUUAACUAUAACUGGACAGGGAUUCAGUCCUGUGACCUUGGAAAACAAGGUCAAGGUGGGAGAUCACAACUGUGAUAUAAAGACUUCAACAACGACGGAACUAAAGUGUCAGAUAGCAGACACUGGAAAAAUACACCAUAUUACAAAUGAAGGAAUUCAUCCAGACUUUCGUAUUAGUGGAUAUGCCUGGAAACCUAAACAUCUUGAGAUUAGUGUUGGAGACAGGGUAUCAUGGAGCUGGCAGUUUAAAUCAUUUAUUCAGGGGAUGAAAGUAAGAGUGGUACAGGUUAAGGAACUGUUGUCCCAGGAGGAGGUGGAGGGGGGAUUCAACAGUGGUCCUGCUACAACAAGAGGGGCAUACCAGUUCCAAUUUUUGGUGCCUGGAACUUACUAUUACUGGAGCGAUUUUGUUGACUUUUACAAGACGACCCAAUUUUCUGGAGUGAUAGAGGUACUAAGUCUGGGUUCUUAUACAGCAGAGGUUCAGGUGAUGGUUCAGGGUAUUGAAUUCAGCCAUGUUAAACCAGGCACUGCAGACCCUUCACCUGUAGGACCCUGUCCCGGGGGUACUGGUGACCUGGGAUUCUGUAACACCCCUACCCCUCCUACCAGCAAUGCUAACAGAUGGAACUUUGCAUUCUGGGAAUGUGCAACACCCACAGUCACAGGGGUAUCUCGGAAUGAAGGAACAACCUUUGACACAAUAACAGUGACUGGUCAAGGAAUCAGUAACAACAUUUGUGAACUAGAGGUUAAGUUUGGAGACAAUGUAUGCAGUGUGAAAGGUCAAGGGGAUGGAAAAUUUGACUGCUGUAUUGAUUCCUCAAACAGUCCAACUGUUGGUCUUUUGCAAGAAAUUUCAGUACUAGUGAAAAAUAGAGGGUUUGCUCUGCUACAAACUGAGAAGAGAUUGGAACGUUCAUUUGCUCUAGUACCAGCUGUAAAAACCAUAUCUCCAUCUUCAGGAUCCACAGCUGGGGGAACGCCAAUCACAAUUACAGGAACCGGGUUUACUGAAGACAAAGAGAGAGUUGUAGUGACCAUUGGUGGAUAUAUCUGUCCUGUGAAAAGCACAUCAUUCACUCAGAUUACAUGUUUAUCUUCAGCUCAGAUCGUAGGUACAAAGACAAUCGAGGUUAAAGUCAUUACAAACACUGGCAUCCAGGUUAUGGCAAUUUGUAAACAUACAAGUGGUUCAUGUGUGUUUUCUUAUGCUACUUCCAUGACACCAGAAUUGACGAGCGUAAAUCCCGAGUCUAUCACAGGGACCAGUCAGACAACCUUGACCUUGACUGGUACAAAUUUGAAGUCCACUGUAGUGGGAGCCACAGUCCACAUUGGCAAUGAGGAAUGUGCUGUCCAGUCACAGACAGUGGACACCAUUACAUGCACCAUUACAAACCUUCCCCUUGGUCAGAAUGCUGUCCGUGUCUCUGUUUCUGGCUUUGGAAGUGCUGUGUCAUCACUUGAGGUAGCUUCACCGGCAGUAAUAAGCAGUUUAACACCAUCCUCUGGCAGUGUGUAUGGUGGAACAGUGAUUCAUGUCCAGGGAAAUGGCUUCACUCAGGAUGCCAAUAUUACUAUAGGAGGUGUAAGUUGUCAACUUAUUAGUGCCACUCUGUCUGACCUACAGUGUACAACAGGUGCUCAUGCAGCAGAAACCUCCCAAGUUGACAUACAGGUGGGUUCAGAAACCUACCCACAAGAAACAUUUACUUACAGUGAAGGAAUAUCACCAAAGAUAACCAGUAUCUCUCCCAAUCAAGGUAACCAUGGCGUACAGGUCACAAUUAGUGGCCAGAAUUUAAGUCCUGUCCAGAGAGUGACCAUAGGGGAGGCAGAGUGUACUGUGGUAUCUUCCACUGCCACUGAAAUAACGUGUACCACCACUCCCCAUGCAGUGGGACCACAGAGUGUGGUGGUCCACACAAAUCAUGGUAUUUCUAACGGUGACAUCCAAUACGAGUACACUCUGGGACUCUCAGCUGUUAACCCUUCCUCAGGAAGUAUUUAUGGGGGUCAGACGCUGACUGUGAGUGGAUCUGGAUUUGAUGAAAAUGCUGAACUUAAGAUCUGUGAUGAGAUUUGCCCUAUUGAGUCUAGCAGCCUCACUCCAACAGAGUUCUCGUGUUUAUCUCCUCCCUCACCUGAUGAAAGUGUGAAAACAUGUGAUGUUGUCUUGACAUCAAGUGGUGAAGUGCGUACACUAAGUAGUGGUUACAGCUAUCAGCAAGCUAAGACAGCCACAUUGACAGGCUUGUCUCCCCUUCGUGGAGGGACAGGAGGGGGCACACCUUUGACAAUAACAGGCUCGGGAUUUGGCAGUAAUGAAGAACAAGUUGUAAUAAAUGGCAGCAGUUGUUCUGUGACAAGUUGGACAGAUACCCAGAUUGUAUGCAAUACUGACCAACACACAGAGACUGGCAAGUACAAAGUCAGUGUGACCGUACCUGGAAAUGGACUGGCUAAUCCAGGAGGGUAUGAGUUCUUUUAUGUGGACAUUUGGUCUUCAACAUUUACCUGGGAAAAUGGUAUACUUCCAAAAAAAGAUGAAUUAGUUGUCAUAAAGGAGGGGCACACCGUUUUACUGGACAUCAGUCCUCCUGUCCUGGAUACCUUACUUAUAGAUGGAGGGAAUCUUGUUUUUGACACAGCAGACAUUGAGCUUCAGGCCCAAAGAAUCCUAAUAACUAAAGGAGGAAAGUUACAAGUAGGAACUACAGAUGCACCAUUCCCAAAUAAAGCCCAAAUCACAUUACAUGGACAUGUUAGGUCUAAGGAGCUUCCUGUGUAUGGGACAAAAAUGAUAGGAGUGAGAAACGGAUCACUGGAAUUGCAUGGACAAAGAGUUGUGACAACCUGGACACGUCUGCAGACUACAGCAGCUGCUGGGGCCACGGAAAUAGUUCUAACACAUCCAGUGGAUUGGAAGGUGAAUGAUGUCAUUGUCAUAGCAACAACUGGUCACAGACACACACAGCAACAGACAGAGCAGCACACGAUUAGUUCUAUCUCUGCUGAUGGAAGAACUCUGACCUUGACCCAGCCACUGGAGUAUGAACAUGUCGGGGUACUGGCAAGGUACGGUGAACAAGACAUAGAACUCCGAGCUGAGGUGGGGAUCCUCACACGAAAUAUUGUAAUACAGGGGACCAAUAACGAAGAAUGGAAUGAUCCUAUUGAGGCCUGUCCAGAUGGAUUUGACACUGGUGAAUUUGCUAGGCGGCGCUGUUUCCAAGGGCUGUUUGGAGAGGAGAUGGGCACUGAUCAGUUUGGAGCUCAUGUCAUCCUUCAUGCUCCAAGACCAAACACUGGUAGUGUAGUAGCCCACAUCGAGUAUGUGGAAUUCAAUUAUGUAGGGCAAGCUUUUCGUUUAGGACGUUACCCUGUGCAUUUCCACAUCAAUGGUAAUAUGACCGGGUCCUACGUCAGAGGCUGCAGUUUCCAUAAAUCCUUCAAUCGUGUUGUCAAUGUUCAUGGGACUGACAACGUACUAGUGGAGUACAAUGUGGCGUACGAUACAAUGGGUGGUGCUGUGUUCCUGGAGGAUGGAAUUGAAACAGGAAACACACUGCAGUAUAACCUACUGUUGUUUGUGAAAGCAAGUUCAAGUUUGCAGAAUGAUGAUAAUAGCCCAGCUGCAUUUUGGGUAACAAAUCCUGACAACACUGUAAGGCAUAAUGCAGCAGCUGGUGGCACUCACUUUGGAUUUUGGUAUAGAAUGCAUAAGCACCCAUCAGGGCCUUCAUUCACCACCUCCAUUUGCCCCCAGAAUGUUCCUGUUGAUAUAUUUUUCAACAAUACUGUUCAUUCCAAUGGAUGGUUUGGUCUUUGGGUUUUUCAGACAUUCACACCAAGAGUUGAUGGGAGCUGCAGUUCUAAGACACCUCAGGAAUCCUUGUUUUCUAAUCUCACCGUGUGGAAUUGUGAGAAAGGUGCUGAGAUUGUGGAAGGAGGGUCAGUAAAGUUAAAAAACUUUGUUCUUUUGAACAAUGAAUUAGCUGGUUAUGAAGGCAAGAUGGUAGCAGAAGGAAGUCAGGUAAUUGAAGAUGCUUUGAUUAUCGCACGUGCCACAGAGCUUAACAGCACAGGACAAAAAAGUACCAAGUUUGGUAUCAAACUUCCUUAUAAAUAUAAUUUCCAUGUUAGAAAUGUGCAAUUUGUUAAUUUUGAUGAUGACGACUCUGCAGCGUUUGGUGUGACCAGAAUUACUGGAACAUGUUCUGUUAAUUGUGGUGGUUACUUGUACACGACUGAGGGGUUGACUUUUGUCAACUCACCCAACAGGGGGAAGUUUUUUUGGGCAUGGGAAGCUUUAAUCAAAGAUUUAGAUGGAUCCUUGAUAUCUAAUGGUCCAUCAGUAACAGAUGCAGGGAAAAUUGUUCUCCCAAUGGCUGGCACUCUGCCACCAACCUGCACAUCAUUUCCAGCCUUCAGCUUUGGCAGCAGUGCAGCUGUGGUCUGUCCAGAUAAUCUCAAAUUCCACAGAUUUACAUUUAACAAAGCUCCAAGGUCUCUAGAUGGCAAGGAUGCAAUAUUUACCAACCAGUAUGGUAGUACCAAUCAGCCAUUCAGAUCUAAGGCAAUCACUCACAAACAGGGUUGGCUAAUGGUCUUUCUAGAUGGUGAGGAAUACACAAUGGAAUUCCAAGAUAAUCCAGGAUUUACUAACUUCUCCUACAAAGGGAGAAUUGACAAUUUUGAGACCAAGGAUGAGUAUGUAAUAAUUAAGCAGUCCCUUGAUCAGCAACCUAGCCGUGUGUUUUUUGAGAGUUCUAGCCAUAUUCCAAAGCCUGAUACAGCCAUAGAUCCUGUUUCGAGCAGCCAUGGCCACUGGGAAUAUGUAUCUUCCCAGUUGAAGUAUAUAGUUAGAGGACAUGACCCAUCAACCACUGGAGCCACUACAAAUAAACAUGUAAACAUAAACUUUAAUGCAUACAAGUGUUUUUUCCCCAACUGUCAACCACCUCCUGACCCCAACACGGUUCCCCCAUUGGAGUCUCGCCCAAACUAUGCUGUGUUGUGGUCCGAAAAAGAGACAUGGGCAGAUGCAGAGGAGGGAUGGGGUGGGAAUAAAGGAAAUGGAACAUAUGACCUGCCAGUGGAUGGGGAUAGUGUCAAGAUACCAAAAGAUAAAUGGGUUGUUGGAGACAUGACACUGCCACAAAUGGAAAAACUGGUUCUCUAUGGUGUGUUAGAAUUAGAUGAUGAUAAUGGAAACAGAGACUUUGAGCUCCGGUGUAAAUACAUUGUAAUUUAUGGUGGACGACUAAUUAUUGGAUGGCCAGAUAAACCUUUCCUUGCCAAUGCCCUGGUUAUUCUGGAAGGUGAUAAACAGACAGAAAAUUACAAACAAGACAGUGGUCCGACAAUAGGUGCCAAAGUUUUAGCUGCUUUUGGAGGAGUUGACAUGCACGGUUUACAAAAAAAUGACUCUUGGACCCGUCUUGCUCAGACCGCCAGUCCUGGGGACACUCAGAUCACCCUGGACUCCACUGUAGAGUGGGUUGAAGGGGAUGAAAUUAUCAUUGCCCCCACAGGAUACAAACUGGAAGAAGUGGAGAGAUUUACAAUCACAGGCAUCUCUGGAAAUUCCAUUACAUUAGAUGGUCCACUACAGUACAAGCACAUUGCACACACACAUACAGCCAAUGGUAAAACUAUGACAAUGGCAGCAGAGGUGGGGAGACUGACGCGGAACAUUCGAUUUGAAGGAGCAGUUUACCCUGACAUACAGGAGGAAGCCUUCGGAGCCAGAAUGAUGGUGUCCAGAAUGGUCAAAGAUGGACAGCUUCACAUAGGAUAUGCCCGACUUAGUAAUGUGGAGUUCCGGUACACAGGACAGGAAGGGUAUGUAGAGCGGGGAGAUUCUCGGAGUUCCCUGGCUUUUACAGAUGCUGGGACUGUCAGCAACAUAAAGCCAUCAGCUGUCCAGAGUUGUUCCUUCCAUAAAAGUUUUGCCCCUGCUAUCACCAUACAUGGCACAAACAAGCUACCUGUGGAAUGGAAUGUCAUGGCAGACUCGGUGUGGUUUGCUUUGGAAACCACCAGUGCUAAGACCAAGCUGUCUCACAACUUUGUAACAAAUGUGCAAUGGGAGGGAUGUUUUAAUGGUCGAUUCGAAGCCUUAAAUGUGCGAUACAAUGGUGCCUUCAAUUUGAACCAUGCCAAAAACUUGGUAUUGGAAUAUAAUGCAGUGGGAGGGGCCCAGAGGAUUGGUUAUAACAUACUAGGGGAGGAGUGUGGGGAAACAGCGGUCUGGAAAAACAAUGUGGCUCAUACUACACUCAUAGGGGUAGCUAAUAUCCAGUUACAAACUCCUAUUCCAGCUGGUAUGGACUGUGUUCAAAUAAACAACUUUGAAGUAUGGAAGAACCUGGACUAUGGAAUUUACUACAAUAACUUGGUAAACACUGUCAUAAAAGGAAUAAAGGCAGCAGAUAAUGGGGUCAACAUCUUCCAGUUCAUCAUUGGACCACAUGCUGUACAACACCUGUAUGAAGACAAAUUUGCCAAAGUUGAAGAUGCCAUCAUCAUAGGUACCUCAGAUGCUUUUGAUUGCACUACAGAUGUCCCCAAUACCAAUGACUGUAACAUCAAACUUAGUAAGCAGAGCCGCGCCCACAGUGGGUCAAGAAGACUUGGUGUUACCAUGCCAACAUUUUCUUCGGGAGGUAAUAAGGCAACUGAAAAACCAUUAGCUGGCAUUAAGGCCUACCAGGCAAUUGGAGGAAGAGCUUACGUGUCAGAUGUUACUUUCUCUAAAUUUGGUGACCGCUGCUCAAAUGGAAGAGAUAUAGUCAUAGCUCCGAAUUUCAAGAAUGAUGAUGGGAACCACAGGAUGGAGACCACUAAUCUGGUGUUGGUAGAUGUUGAGGAGGAUUCAAAGGUCUUCUAUCCCAGAUCAGACUUGGGGAAGAUAAAUCCCUCAGAUUGUGUGGACAUGGCUUGUGAUGCUAAGAUAAAAACACUGCUGGUUGACAAAGAUAGCAGCUUCCUAGAACAAGCAGGUGCCGUCAUCCCCCAGUCAGAGUUUCAGUGGAAUGGAGACCCAGCUUACGGAUUAGGGGACUAUAGGGUUCCUAAAGAAAUGCAAACCACUUUAGAUGGGGAGAGAAUUUCCAUUGAUACAUUGGCUCCUCAUAAAGGUAUCAUCCGAGACAACAGCUGUAGCUAUGUCUCGGCCUGGCAGGCUUACAAGUGUCCUAACUCUAAACACUACACACUGACCAUAGAGAGUCUGGACAAAGACACAGAGACAAGACGAAUCUCACCUGUCGCUAUCCUGGGAAAUGGUUACCUUGACCUAAUUAAUGGCCCACAAGAUCAUGGCUGGUGUAUGGGUUAUACCUGUAGAAAAAGACUCUCUACCUUCCAGGCCAUUGUGUCUCUUAACCAGAAUUAUCUCUUACAUUACACUGGUACAUCUCCUCAGAAUUCCCGCUUUAUGAUGCUGGAUGUUGAACAAAAUGACUGCAUUCAGCUAUCCAUCUGGUACUCUCAGCCCUGGCGUUUAGAUGUCUAUCAUGAAAAUGUGUAUAUCAUGCCAAAAAAUGCUAGACAUGUUGGAGAUAUGAACACCAUUGUUUAUGAUCCUCCCCCGGUAGGGGAACCAGACAAAUUUAAGCCCAGUGCUGCCACCUGUGUAGAUAAAUCUGGGUCAAACUUCUAUGACAGAGAUGCUGGCGUACUAACCAUCCUCAUUAAGGGUCCUAAACCAGUGAGUAUUGUCACCGUGGACUCCAUCAUUGUCUCCUUUCAGUUUCCUCCGAUGACGCUGGAUGAGUUCUACGGUAAAAAUAUCAUCAUGAAUCUAGCAGCUUUCUUGGAUAUUGAUCCUAAUUUUGUUAGAAUCACUGACAUCCAAAGGGAAACUCAAGAGAGACGAAGGAGAAGAAACGCUAAUGAAAAUAUUGAAGGAGCUACCAUUGAAAUCAGCAACCCACCAGGUACUCCUGUUGAUUCUAGCAGCUUGACAAGUGACGAUUUACAAAAAACACGCACUGAUAUAAUCAACGCUGUACAGCUGACUAACCUCACCACAGACACUCUCAGUUUGAGCUCCGGUACUUCUGUCUCUGUCUCUAGAGAGAUGCCGGUGUCUGACAGCCCAGAAUGGCAACAAAUGACUGGCAACGGAACCGACGGCUACGUGGUGAUACAGAAAGCAGAUCACAUGACCUUCCACACGGAACUCGAACCUCUACAUGAAGGGACUCCAUUUAAAAAACAACCAAAGAUCCAAGUUAGGGAUAGUCAGGGGGAGAUAAUCACAAUGCUGGGGGCAGAGGAGAACACUUGGAAGAUUUCUGCAUCAAUCCGGGAAAACACAGGAAAUCCAGAUGCUGUUCUUCUGGGAACUACAACUGUUCAGUUUGUCAAUGGCAUGGCAACCUUCACUGACCUUGCUAUUUCCCAUUUUGGCACAGACUACAUACUUGACUUCGCGGUCAACGAACCUGAAGUGGGAGAACCUUUUAUGAUUGCAUCCCAGGCCUUCACUCUGCCAGGGAGACCUAUUGUAGGAGCUGUUAAGUCGAAGCCCCCCAUCAUAGUGGAGAGAUCGUCGGCUCCUAUCACACUGGAACUAAGGGACAGAGUCACAGAUGAAAUAAUUAAUGAUAUUGACUGGAGGGGUCAUUCUUGGACAGUUGCUGCAGAAAUUGGAAUGAGUGAAUUAUAUGAUGAAAAUAUCAUGGAUCCUAAAACCACCACUUUUGAUGUAAAUUCUGGACAGGCAUCAUUUAAUGACUUGUUAUUCUUCACCUCUGGUGUGUAUGUAAUCAGAUUUAACAUUACAUCUGAUCCAGCAGACUAUAACAUUGAGCUCCAGGAAAUAGUGGUUGUCAGGGGCAUCAGUCAGCAGGGGAUAACCACAGACACUGUGAAGGAAAUAGGACUCAAAUUUGAUGCCAAUUUUGAUAACAUUGUUGGAGAAAGCAGAACCAAAUACUUUUCUGCUAUGGUCCUGAACUGGGUGGCCAACAACUUUACUACUGUUAUACCAGAACCUAAAUUAGUUUACAAAGGGAGUAUUAUGGUGACCUUCAAUCUAGGUGGUAACGAGGUCAAUGUCACAUCGACCAUCAGUGACUUAUGCAUCGCUAUCCAAAAUGGCACAGACUUUAUAUUUGUUGGACAGAGCCUCACCCUCAGUGGCUACAUGACAGUAGAUGGAAAUAAGUAUUACGGAGUCUCGUGUGGGGUGAUAUCCUCCAAUGAUGGUACAGACAGCGCGAUCCCAAUCAUAGCUGUGGUUGCGGCGGUUGGUGGCCUUCUGCUGAUAGCAGUCAUCAUCUUAAUAGCCUGCAUGUUGCAUAAAUCCAAAGUCGCCCCAAAAACCAAGACACAUGACCUUAAGGAAGUUCUCUAUAAUGAAAAAUCCUUUACGAGUAUUCGCAAACAGUAUCCUCCUCAUUCCACCACACUGACGGGUGAAAAACGAACUGCAGCCGAUUACUGGAAAAUGUAAAAAAAAAAAUCAAUGGACACUGAAUUCUAAGAGUUCAGAAUCAUGAUUUAUGUCUCUUUCAUUACAUACCUAGAAUUUUAUUUCAUACCUAGACAUAGUAGUUGCCAAGGAAUACUCUAUGCAUCAUUAGGUACAUUUACAGUCACAGUAUGAAGAUCAUGGUGUAAAACUUAAUGCUGGCCUGUUUUAUGAGAUUUUAACAAAUACUACCAGUACUGACUUUCUCAAAUUAUUUUCCUUUUUAAAAUGACAAAAGAUGGAUUAUUGACAUUUUAAUGUCCAUUCUUGCAAAAUACAUUCUCCGUCCUUGCAUUAAUUUUUGUAUUCUUUCUACUUGUUCAGUAUUAAAUAAUAAAAUUUUGUGAAAUUACAUUAUAUGAUACAAAGGAUUUAAUCUGUGAUAUUUUUUGCAAUACAUGUAUUAGCUAUGUUCUUUGUUUAAUGCUUUUGCAUUUGCUUGCAAUCUUCUGUGAAUACAGAAAAAAUGUCUGUGAUCUUUAAUUUGUUAUUCUUAAU